AUGCGGCGUAAGCCAUCACUAACAGGAACUACGAUAAGAGACUACGCUUCUAUGUCAGCCAUUCAGAAGACAGCAUACCUAAGAUCGUCGUUCAACUUUUUCGUUCUGAAUCUAGCUUUCUCCGACCUCAUUUCAGGACUCGUGACAGAACCGAUCUUUGUAUGGUAUCAUGCAAGCGAGGCUCACGGUGACCCAGUUACGAGGUUUCUGUGGAUUGUUCACGUGACCUAUUUCAUUUCAUGCCUGGCAUCUUUACUUAGUAUUGCUGCUCUGGCAAUCGACCGUUAUCUGACAGUGACAUCUAGAUACCGGCGCAAAAUUGCUAUCCAUAARGMUGUGUACGUGUCGAUAGCCAUCUGGUUGCUGUCCUUUAGUAUCUCUAUGAUAUAUUUCGCGACCGGGUUUUACAAGUUCGUCUUGAUAUUUUCUAACGUUGCUACCAUGACAACGCUUGGAAUUAUCACYUUUUCAUAUGUGAAAAUCUACCAAAGUCUUCAUUCACACAUCGACAAAGGCGCUAGCUCAGUCCRCAGUCGUUCACAAGUAAAAAUKUUAAAAUACGAAAAGAAGGCAACCAGAGCUUUCCUAUAUAUUCUUGUCGUYUUUAUAUUCUUUAAUGUCCCAUCAUGCAUCAUGGCUUACGUCAUUAAUUUUUGUGUCACGUGUGACUGUGAGACCAUUCAUUGGUUAAGAGAUUUCCAAUUCUUAUCAGCUCUGUUCAACUGCUCCGCCAACCAGUUUCUGUACGCCCUGCGCAUGCCCUUGUUUAUUCGCGCAAUGAGAAAUGUACUGAAGUGGUGUCCGUGUUCCUUGCCUUGUGUGAGUCGAAUCGAUGUAACMAGCGAAGUAAUACCGUCUGUAUCUAAAGUAAAACAAAGAAAAUCAUCGAAUAACGAACAAAGGAAUAAUGAUAAACUUGAAUUAACUCGCUGAAAUGCAUUUUCAUUAGUUUUAGUCUGUGCUUUGAUUUUUGCAUAAUAUGAACGCCAAGAUGGACUGUAUGCAAGAGACUCAUUCUUAUAGUCUCUCUUAUUAGCUCGUGCUCAUAAACGCCUUCCUAUCCAAUACUUCAACCCUUACUUCCUCCAGACUCUUGGUGGAAAACAGUUGGUUUAAAAUGAAUCCAGAAGUUAUAGGAUUUUGUCUGCUAUGGUCCAAGCUUUGCAAACAUAUAAUAGUACGCUUAGCAUAAUCAUAUACAGGAUGAAGGGGCGAACGGAGAUUGGCGAUCGGUGAUUGCACCACCAAACAGAACUGUUGUCACACUUUUACGGACACAUGAAUCGAAUAACAUCCGCGUCAACUAAUACUCGCCAUAUAAGGUUUCGCUGAAAGGUGCAGACAUUAUUUAGGCAUUUAGRAAUGACUGUGAAGAAAUUCUUAUACCCCACAAUUCCUGUUAGUAGUGCCAUCACUGAUCAAUCUCUUUUUGAAACAGCUGUAUAAAGCCAUGAUGUGCUUAAGCUUCGAGAUUGAAAACCAAUUUGAUGCCCGUUUAAAACAGGCGAUUGUCUUUCGCCUGUAUCGCGAUAUUUUUUAUCAUUUCGCUUCGAAAACCAACUUUAGCAAUCAUUAUAAUCUACACAUGCAAUCGUUUGUCUCACUGGACUGACUUGCUACUAAUGACAGUUGAAUCAGUCAGUUUUUUUGCUGACUAACGCUCGUGUUUUAUUUUGUAAUCUGCAAGGCAGUGGCGGAUUUAGGGAGUAGGGAGUGGUAACAAGGUGGCCAUUAAACCCCCUCCCCCCCCCUUUCUAGCUUGGAACUAUACUGAUGUGUUAAUUAACAUUAAAUAGUGUUAAUAUGA